AACUCUUUUUAUUUUUGGAGACAGUGAGUUUAGACACUGUAAUAAACUGAAAGCUUGCAAAGUUGCGUCUUAUCAUUAAUCGCAGUGCUGUUAGAAAUUUAAAAAUAUUACAAUGGUAAAACAACACAAUAUAAAACUCACUAUUAAGAAUUCUACUCCUUUCGCUAUGACUUUUAUAUCUAACUGGUUUGACUCGGGAAGAGUGGCUGAUCAGUUUUCGUGGCCCAAAGAGAUUUUGUCGAAUGAAACCCAAACUAUAUUGUGUUAUGAACGUGACUGGGCAAUGAGUGGCUGUUCUGGCUAUGUUCAAUAUCUAAUGAAUGGAUCUUUAGUCACAAUUGGGUUUUCAAAUCCAAGUGUAGGAACUAACAAGUUAGGUGUAAGUGCUGGUGUUGAUGGCAAACAAUUUUGGGAAGUCAUUGAAUCAAAAGACUAUCAGGAAGUCAAUCAGAAUAUAAAAGUUGGUGGAAAAGAUGUACUUGUUACAAGUAAAUGUACUGGUGGCACUACCAAUGACGCCAAUAUUUUGUUCAUUUCAAACCAAAAACCAAAUAACCAAGCUUUCCCUCCACCUUAUUCUAAUAACAUUUAUCCACCUCCAAGUUAUUAAAAAAUAAAAGUAUAAAUUAAGUAGUAACUUAAAAAUUUGAUUGCAAGCAAUUUUUUUAAAGAUUGCAAGCAAUUUUUUUUUUAUCUGUUUACUUAAUUUUUUCUAUAUAAAAUAUGUUUUAUCAUAAACUAUGUUUUAUAAAAUACUUACGUAAAAUGUUGUUGAUAUUCUCUUAAGUUAAAUUGAACGCCAGCUCAUGUGCGGAGUUUAUAUAUUAUAAACUAUAAUUUUUUUUUUGAAAUCUUUUCAGUUAUGUGCAGAAUGUAAGAAUUGCUUUCCGUUUAUAUAGUUAUUUUAACUAAAAUUUAAUGCGCCAAUUACUCCAAAGCAGCACGAUUUUGUUAGUCGCAAUUGCUGAGUCUCAAAUCUGCUAGAAAGCUUGAGACAUCCUGGCAAAAACAAUUUAUUGAGACUACGCAGUAAACGUUGUCUACACAGAUUUCACAAAAACUUUUGAUAAAAUAUUGCACAAGCACUUUCUUUACAAGUUACGAGCUCAGUGUGUUCAAGGCACGUGUGCAUAGACUGGAUCUUAGCUUGGUUACUCAACCAAAGUCAACAAAAGAUCAUCAACAGCAUUACAUCUGAAUGAAAAACGGUCUCUAGUGGCGUGCCUCAAAACUGGAUUUGGACCCAUUAUUCUUUGCGAUUUUCAUAAGUGAUCUGUCAAACAACCACACUCAUCAUAUGAAACUGUAUGCUGACUGCAUUAAAAUUGUAGGGUGUAAUUGAGCAUUUGGAAUUGAGGGAGUCAGACAACGUCACUCUCCAAACUGACACAAACAAACCAAUCUAACGCUCACAUACUUGGAUCAUGCAUUUCAACCUCAAGAAAUGCAAAGCAUUGCAUGUUGACCGCGAAUCGAUGCUAGUCAGCAUGCUAAUACUCAAUGACUAAAUCUGCAGCCAAACGACACUUUAUUGUGAUGGUCUCCAAUGAUCUUAAGGUCAGACCAAUUAGAAUCAGCGUGUAUAAAUAAAAACUAGUGUUUUAAAAUUUGUUACAUUUUUUGAAAACAAUAUUUUUUCCAUUUUGAUUUAUUUGUAGCUAUUUAAUUUUUAGAAAAACAGUGUUUGUCUGACCACUCUAACAGUACAAACGGAAUAA